CAAACGAAUUGUAAAUAGGGUCCAUUUACUCACUAAACUUUGUCCUCGCAAGCAUAAUGUAUUAUGAGGUGCCUCCGAAUUUUUACAAAAAGUUUAAUAAGACUGAUCCUUAAUCACCCAUACCAUAGUGAAUUUAACUACUACUGGCGUUUGACCUAUAGUAAUUAAUAAAAAAAUUAUGGCGGAAACGGCUUUGGAUGGAAUCCUUUCGAUGGAUAUGGGCGAAAGGGUUGUGGUGGUACCAGGAGUGGAAGAUGUGGUGGCGACAAUGCAACGUUUUGUGUGGCAAGACUAUGUAAUGUUUGUUAUUAUGUUGAUGGUUUGUAUGGUAAUUGGGGUGUAUUUCGGGUUUUAUCACGCUUCGACUAACACACAAGAAUAUCUCAUGGGGAGUAGGAAUAUGAAAAUUUUUCCUAUCACCAUGUCGCUAAUUGCAAGUUUCGUAAGUGGAAUAUCAAUUUUGGGAAUACCUACCGAAACCUAUUUAUUCGGAGUACAAUACAUUUAUUGUCUGAUAGGACUUGUGGUAAUGUCAUUAAUAAUGAAUUACAUUUAUCUUCCUGUCUUUUAUGGCUUAACUCUAACUUCAACCUACGAGUAUCUCGAAAGAAGAUUUGAUAAAAACGUUCGCUUAUUUGGAUCAGUUUUGUUUACAAUUAAUAUGACAGCCUGGUUACCAAUUGUGAUCUACGUACCAGCGCUGGCCUUCAAUCAAGUUACCGGAGUUAACGUCCACUUUAUAACACCCAUACUAUGCAUUAUUUGUAUUUUUUACACAUCGCUGGGCGGUCUGAAAGCUGUUGUUUGGACCGAUGUGAUACAAGCUGUAAUUAUGUUUGGAGCUAUGCUUUUGGUUGCAAUAAAAGGAACUCUAGACAUUGGCGGUUUAGAUGAUGUAAUAAAACGUAGUCUAGAAAGUGGACGCAUUGAAGGGCCAGAUCUAGAUUUUAGUCUUUCAAUGAGAUAUACCUUCUGGUCAUUAACAAUAGGAGGAUGUUUUUAUUUUCUUCAAGUAGCAGCCAUUAAUCAAAAUAUGAUUCAGCGGUAUUUGGCUUUACCUUCACUUAAAUGUGCCAAAAAAGCGGUCUGGUUUUUUGCUUUGGGAUUAUCUGCAAUUGUUCUCGUUUGCAGCUAUUGUGGAAUUUUGAUUUAUGCCACUUUUUACAAUUGCGAUCCUUUAACAACAAAACUUGCAAGAGAAAAAGAUCAACUUAUGCCCCUUCUCGUCAUGCAAGUUUUGGGGGAAUAUCCUGGACUUUCAGGAAUUUUUGUUGCAGGAAUAUUAAGUGCAUCUUUGAGCUCUUUAUCAACCGGUCUUAAUGCAAUGGCUGCUGUAAUUCUCGAAGACUUUUAUCAUUUCUUCUGCACUAAAAAACUGACAGAAGAGCAAUCUUCCGUUUUGAUGAAAUUAACAGUAAUUAUAUUUGGGGCGAUUUAUGUCGGUUUAGUUUACAUAAUUGAACACCUUGGAGCUGUUUUACAAAUAAGCAUGAGUAUUGGUUCUAUUGCAAGCGGACCGUCUCUAGGUAUGUUUACAAUGGGAAUACUCAUACCGUGGGUGAAUGCCAAAGGUGCUUUAAUUGGAGGAACAUCAUCUUUAAUUUUUAUGAGUUGGAUUGGCUUCCAAGCCCAGGCUUCUAUAGCCGCUGGUGAUUUAUCAUUUCCUGAAAAGCCCUUGACGACUGACGGCUGUCAUUAUCAUUUUAUUCCUAAACAAUCUGUUGCAGUUAAUAUUCAUAUCAACGCUACUGAUUUUGUGCAUCCUGAAGAAAAGUUUAUACUGCAUCAUGUUUCGUAUUUAUGGUACACUUUAAUGGGAACUUUCGUUUCGGUCAUUAUUGGUUUAUCAGCAAGUUUUAUUACAAAACCUUUGGAUCCACGUGACGUCGAUCCGGCGCUGUUAGCUCCGAUUCUUAAAAAAAUUAUAAAGCCAAGAGAGUUUCCAAAUGAACCUGGAGAUGGCAUAAUUUAUGCUUAUGAUUCACCUGAUAGAAAAAAUGUGCCAUUACAAACAAUUUCCCAACCGGAAUAAAUUAAACACAACUAAUAAAACUAUACAAAACUCAUUUGUAAUUGUCUAAAAUGAUUCACUAUCUAAGAGUUAAUUUUGUAAAUAAGUAUGUAAUAAAACGCAAAAUGUGAAUUUUCA